AGGAAGUAGGUUGGCUAGGAAGAGGUUAACAGUUAAUAGCUAUUUCUGUUUCAUUAAUCCACUGAGUGUGGCUAUUUCAGUGCAGAUUGGUUUCCAAGUAACUUAUUUCUUAUGUUGUGGUCAGUAGCACACUAUAUACUGCCAGAUAAAUUGAGAGAAGCCCAACACAGACUGACAGAGUGAGGAAAAGAGACUAUCAAAACCAUCCAGUACCAAGAGAGACAGCAAAGACCCCAAGCUAACAAGAGGUACUGUGAUAGUGACAACACUUUCUUUUUUAAUUGAUGAAACUACAUUUGUGACUUCUCCAGCGUGGAACCAUGUGGAUAAAGAAAGCACUUGUUCAGUCUGUCAGUGAAUUCUGGGAGUAUGAAACUCCAAAAGUUAUGGUUGUGAAAAGCAGACUCCUGGGUGUUAUCUACAGGACUGUUCAGCUGCUUAUCAUUAUGUACUUUGUCUGGUAUGUCUUUGUAAUACAGAAAGCUUACCAGGACAAUGAGACAGGACCAGAGAGCUCUGUCAUUACCAAGGUUAAAGGCAUUUCAGUGUCACAGUCUUCAUUUCUGGGAAGGAAGGUCUGGGAUGUUGCCGAGUAUGUAAAACCCCCUGAGGGUCAAAGCAUAUUCAGUAUUAUUACACGGACUGAGACAACCGCAUUACAAAGUCUUGGAACCUGUCCAGAAAGUACAGAAGUUCGUGAUGCACAUUGCUCUUCUGAUGCUGACUGUCCAAAAGGAGUGCUGCACAUGAAGGGGAAUGGGGAGAACACUGGAAAAUGUGUUUCUAAUCCCAACAACACCAUAUCAACUUGUGAGAUCUAUUCUUGGUGCCCAGUAGAAACUGAAGGAGCUCACAGUGAGAAUUUAGAACAGCACUUAGAGAACUUCACCAUUUUCGUCAAGAACAGCAUCCAUUUCCCGAAAUUCAACUUUUACAAAGGAAACAUAGAGGCAACCAGCAGCAAGUAUUUGUCAAUGUGCACGUAUCAUAACACUGAGCACUACUACUGUCCCAUUUUUAAACUGGGUUACAUUGUAAAGGAAGCCGGCGAAAGUCUAAUCGAUCUGGCAAAGAAGGGAGGUGUUAUAGGAGUAGUCAUAAACUGGAACUGUGACUUAGAUUUGCCAGCUUCACAAUGCAAACCUCAAUAUUCUUUCCGACGACUAGAUCCCAAGCAAAGUCAAGGCUCCUCUGGGUUCAACUUCAGAUUUGCGAAAUAUCACUACAUAAACAACACAGAGUACAGAACGCUAAUAAAAGCUUACGCUAUACAAAUUGAUGUUAUUGUACAUGGCAAGGCUGGAAAGUUUUCUCUAAUUCCGACGAUUAUAAACCUCUGCACAGCACUGACAUCCUUUGGGGUGGGUUCUUUUCUAUGUGACUGGAUUUUGUUGACAUUUAUGAACAAAAAUGAAAUCUACAGUGGAAGAAAAUUUGAUGAGGUACAUGAAGUAGAGGACGAGAACUCUCCAAUAACAAGUGACAACUGUCCUUCCACAAGUGUGUCUACACCAAUAGAAAUCAAACAGUCACUUGAUCUUUGAGAUGCAGCUGUACUGUAUCAGCUCUCCAAACUAAAUGAUGUGCAGCAAGGAGCUAAAAUAAUUCUUAUCACUGUGAACUGUAAUGCUGCAUAGCUUUUCUGAAAAUUCCAGAAAUAGUCAUCAGCACUCAUUUCUCACGACAGCUCUUCAGUCACAGACUAAGAUGAAGCGGUUUCAGUUUCCAGUUUUAUCAUCUGUCCUUUAAAUAUAGACCAAUUGUUCUGCAAUUUUUCAGAUGUGUUUGGUUCAAACUAACAGUAUAUCUUAUACACAUAUAUUAAUGGACAUGUCAUAGAUGUCAUACUUUUGGAAUCUUCUUACAUGUGCCUCCUGUUUCAGUGCUCCCACAGAUUUACAUUGACAAUCUUGGCAACCCUUAUCAAAAAAUUCUUAACUCUGUGUUCCUAGGCAUUACUCCAAAGCAAAAAUAUCAUAAACCUAAAUAUUUACAAAUCAGCUCAUACAAUGAUGUUACAGAUUUGUUUAUGUAUGGCAAGAUAUCCUUUUUGAUAAUGUCACAUUACUUUUCAUUUCACAUUUGCAUUAUUUAAAAGGUCAGCUUAUGCUUAGGCAAUACCUUGUUCCAUCAAGUCAUGCAGCUCUAAAAUGUAUGGUUAUGUUCACCUUUUAAUAUUACUGCGUAACCAGUGGGGGGCUGGAAUUAGUAAAGAGGCACUGAAGAGAUGAGCACAGCCCCCACCUGCAUGACACCAGCAGUGAAAAUAUUUUUUUGUUUCAGCUGCUGCUGUACUUUUGCACCUGAUUGUCUUUGUUUUUGCUGAAUAAUUUCUUAGCUGUUAUCUAACCACUCUGUAACUUAAGCUGCCUUGCCAAUGAACUUUAUAAAAACAAAGUAAGUUUUUCAAUAUGA